GUGCUCGACGAACCCUUUCGCCAAGCGGUCGACGAUAAGGGCUAUUUCCGCACUCAACAGCAAUGCAUAAGCUAUGCAGAAGCGCAUGGGCGCUGGGUCAACGAACGGCCACGAACAGUGGCAGGGGUAGAGACAGAGGCAUCGCUUGCGUCGCCGCACUCUCGGAAACGCAUCAGAUACUGCAGAAGACAUGUCGGGAUUUCGCGAAUGCGGAACUGGUUCCGCACGCGCGCCAAAUCGAUCGCAAUGAAGUGAUUCCGGCGCAGCUAGUGCGUCAGUUGGGCGAAAUGGGUCUCAUGUCUGUGGUCGUGUCGGAGGAGUACGGUGGGGCUGGACUGGACUAUCAGGCGUAUGCAAUCGGCAUGGAGGAGGUGGCACGCGGCGAUGCUGCCGUCUCCGUUCUGAUGGGCGUCAACAAUAUGUAUGUGGGUGUAGUGCAGCAGCGCGGCACCGACCAGCAGAAGCAACAGUUUCUCGUGCCCUACACCCAAGGACAGCACAUUGCCUUCUAUGCCCUCUCGGAGCCAGGUAGCGGCUCAGAUGCCAGUGCGGCGAGCACCACAGCCAAGCUGAAUGGCAGCGGCGAUUAUCUACUGAAUGGGACCAAGGCAUGGAUUUCCAAUUCGAAGGAGGCGAGUGGCGGGCUCGUCUUUGCCACCAUAGACAAGUCGCUGAAACAUAAGGGAAUCACCGCUUUGCUGACUGCCAAAGAUGUGCCCGGUCUUACAAUAGCCAAGCGGGAGAACAAACUGGGUAUGCGAGCCAGUUCCACAUGCCAGCUGGUGCUCAACGAUGUCGCCAUACCACAGUCCCAGGUGCUGGGUGGUGCCGGGCAUGGCUUUAGGAUUGCCAUGGAGUCGCUGGAUUGCGGUCGCAUUGGCAUUGCCGCGCAGGCCACGGGCAUUGCACAGGCGGCACUCGAACUGGCCGUUGACUACGCGGAUAAGCGUGUCGCCUUCGGGCAGCGCUUGUCGCGCCUCCAACUAAUCCAGCAGAAGCUGGCGGAUAUGGCGCUGAGAGUGGAGACGGCCAGAUUGCUCACGUGGCGGGCCGCCUGGUUGAAGGACAACGGCCUGUCCAUUACCAAGGAGGCGGCCAUGGCCAAACUGCAUGCCUCUGAGACGGCCACCUUCUGUGCGCAUCAGUGCAUCCAGAUUCUGGGCGGUAUGGGUUAUACAACAGACUUGCCAGCUGAGCUGUACUAUCGUAAUGCUCGGGUCACCGAAAUCUAUGAGGGCACGUCUGAAAUACAGCGCAUUGUGAUUGCUAACUGCAUAAUGAAAGGCAUUUCAAAUUAAACAAAUAGAUAAACAGAAUUCUAAAUAAAUAAAAGUAACAUCGUCAUUUAGUCAGUUCACCAA